AAACUGAUGAAGAACUCUCGACUAACUUCUUCUGUGUUGAUCCUCUUGGUUCUAUCUCUUUCCUUUUGUGUUUCAUGGGGAUCACGGUACUCCAUCUCUGAUGUUACUCUAACUUCAGAAGAUUUCAUAACCUGUCUCCAAUCCAACUCCACCGAUGCCACCACCAUCUCCCAACUCAUAUUCACUCCCGACAAUUCUUCUUUCUUACCCGUUUGGGAAGUUGCAGUCAACGUUCUCCGGUUCAACAACCCCUCCACUCCUAAACCAACAGUCAUACUAACUCCCACUGAAGAAACACAUAUCCAAGCUGCUCUUUUCUGCGCUAAGAAAUAUGGGUACGAGAUGAGGAUCCGCAGUGGGGGGCAUGACUUCGAGGGCCUCUCGUACACCGCGAAUGCUCCUUUUGUCAUGCUUGAUCUCGUGAACAUGAGGUCUAUUGACAUCAACGUUGAAAACCGGACUGCAUGGGUCCAGGGUGGCGCUUUGCUUGGUGAACUCUACUACACUAUUUCUCAGAGCACCAACACCUUGUAUUUUCCGGCUGGUAUGUGCCCCUCCGUGGGUGUUAGUGGGUUCCUGAGUGGUGGUGGGUAUGGCAACCUUGUGAGAAAAUAUGGUAUCGGUGCAGAUAAUGUUUUGGAUGCUCAUUUCAUGGAUGUCAGUGGAAAUAUUCUUGACAGGGAAUCAAUGGGAGAAGAUUUGUUUUGGGCGAUUCGUGGCGGUGGAGCUUCCAGUUUCGGAAUUGUUCUUGCAUGGAAGCUGAUGUUGGUUCCGGUACCAGAAAGAGUUACUCUUUUCAUAGUGAGUGUAACUCUAGAACAAGGUGCGACGGAUAUUUUCCAUAAAUAUCAAUACGUGUUGCCAAAUUUUGAUCGUGAUUUACAAAUGAGAGUUCAGAUUAACAGCGAAUAUAUAAGCAACACCAACAAUAAAACCAUACGAAUUUUGUUUCAUGGUAUAUAUCAGGGCAAUACUGACACACUGCUUCCGUUGUUGAACCAAAGUUUCCCGGAGCUGAAUGUCACACGAGAAAUCUGCCAAGAAGUACGAAUGGUCCAGUCCACCCUUCAAUUUGGAGGCUUUCCCACCUUGGGCCCGGUCGAGGUUCUUGCGAACCGAUCAGCCAUCCCCAAGACAAACUUCAAAAGCAAAUCAGAUUAUGUCCGGACUCCAAUUCCCAAAGGCGGGCUCAUAGAAAUCUGGGAAAAAUUAUUUGAGAACGACAUGUCUGAGAUGUUGCAGAUGUACACAUUUGGCGGGAAGAUGGAGGAGUACUCAGAUACAGCAAUUCCGUAUCCUCAUAGAGCUGGGGUGUUGUACCAGGUUUACAAGACUGUGAACCUUAUUGAUCAGCCUUCGGAUACGACCACGGUAUCACUUAGACGAAUAGCUUGGCUCCGAAGCUUUGAUAAGACUUUGGAGCCGUAUGUGUCAAGUAACCCGAGGGAGGCGUAUUUGAAUUACAUUGAUCUUGAUUUGGGUGUCGGAAAUGGUAGUUAUGAAGAAGCAAGUGUUUGGGGCGAAAGGUACUGGAAGAGAGAGAAUUUUAAGAAGUUGAUUCGAAUCAAGACCAAAGUUGAUCCAGAGAAUUUCUUUAGGCACCCACAAAGUAUACCACCUCUCUCAGCUAUGUGACGAUCAAUCUUUAAUCCAACCGUCGAAGAAAGAUCAGUUUUAGUUCUGCUUUUUUUUCUUUCUUGAAUAAAUAUGUAAUGUGUUGUAACAAAGGAUGGUUGAAUUUCAUAAGUGUAAUGUGUUGUAAGUUUAUGUGAAUUUUGUUUCUACAA